GGCCUCGCCCUCGCCCUCCGCCCCUGCGCCUGCACCGCGUAGGCCGACCCCCGGCGCGCACCCCGUUGGCGACCCCCGCCCGCGCCCCGGCCGGCCCCCAAUUCCAAAUUUAAAGGGGGCGCAGCAUUCACGCGUCCCACCCCAGGUGACCUCUCGGGGUCUCCCCGCCCGAGGUGUCCCGCCGCUGAGGAACAUGGCGAAGGUGGAGCAGGUCCUGAGCCUCGAGCCGCAGCACGAGCUCAAAUUCCGAGGUCCCUUCACCGACGUUGUCACCACCAACCUAAAGCUUGGCAACCCGACAGACCGAAAUGUGUGUUUUAAAGUGAAGACCACAGCACCACGUAGGUACUGCGUGAGGCCCAACAGUGGGAUCAUUGAUGCAGGGGCGUCUAUUAAUGUAUCUGUGAUGUUACAGCCUUUCGAUUAUGAUCCCAAUGAGAAAAGUAAACACAAGUUUAUGGUUCAGUCUAUGUUUGCUCCAACUGACACUUCUGAUAUGGAAGCAGUAUGGAAGGAGGCAAAACCGGAAGACCUUAUGGAUUCAAAACUUAGAUGUGUGUUUGAAUUGCCAGCAGAAAAUGAUAAACCACAUGAUGUAGAAAUAAAUAAAAUUAUAUCCACAACUGCAUCAAAGACAGAAACCCCAACAGUGUCUAAAGCUCUGAGUUCUUCUUUGGAUGACACUGAAGUGAAGAAGGUGAUGGAAGAAUGUAAGCGGCUGCAGAGUGAAGUUCAGAGGCUGCGGGAAGAGAACAAGCAGUUCAAGGAAGAAGAUGGACUUCGGAUGAGGAAGGCGGCGCAGAGCAACAGCCCCGUUCCUGUGUUAGCCGCGGCUGGGAAGGAGGAGGGCCUCAGCACCCGGCUACUCGCGCUGGUGGUUUUGUUCUUUAUCGUUGGUGUAAUCAUAGGGAAGAUCGCCUUGUAGAGGCAGCAGGCAAAGGAUGGUAAAUUGGAUCGAUGGCUCCGCCAUAUCAUGGGAUUUAAAUGUAUCAUAACCGCGUGUAAGAAGAAGUUAAUGUAUGAUGACAUCUCACAGGUCUUGCCUUUAAAUUACCCCUCCCUGCGCGUGUGUGCUGCCGCACGCGUGCACACACACACAUAGAACAUAAAAUAA